CUUUAAGACCCAGACAAAAAUCCACGUUGAAAAACAGGAAAAAAAAAAAAAAGGUUGUCUUUCUUUCUGGGUUUUUCUUGUCCAUAGAAGAAUCUACAAAAUAAUCCACCACAGACACACUCAAUUCCUUUCUUGAUUUGUAUAUUCUCCUCCUCUAGCUCUUAACUUCAUUGGGUUCUUCUUGGAAUCCAGUUCCUUUCCUUGUUGGAUCUUUAUUGAAUUCCUUCCCUUUUCUCACCAUAAAGGGCAACCUUAAAAAACUUUCUUCUUUUUCUUUAUAAAUACAGUUAUCAGAGAAAUCCAUUACAUAUCAUAGAAACAUGGGUAACAGCUGCAUGUUGUCGUUCUUCUUUCUGUGCUUGAUUGGUGGUCUCGGCCUGGUGAAGGAGGUUAAAGGAUUGGCAUGCAACUGGGGAACGCAAUCAACGCACCCUCUACAGCCUAAAAUAGUGGUCCAGCUUUUGAAAGACAAUGGUUUUGACAAGGUGAAGCUGUUUGAAGCUGAUCCUGGAGCAUUAAAGGCUCUUGGACAUUCUGGUAUCCAAGUUAUGGUGGGGAUCCCAAAUGAUCUCCUGGCUCCUCUUGCAAGCAGUGUCCAGGCUGCUAUCAACUGGGUUCAGCAAAAUGUGUCCGACUACGUGUCCAGAUAUGGUGUGGAUAUCAGGCAUGUAGCUGUCGGAAAUGAGCCUUUUCUCAAGACUUACAAAGACACUUAUCUUCAGACAACAUUUCCAGCACUUCAAAACGUUCAAGCAGCCUUGAUCAAAGCUGGUUUGGCGAAACAAGUUAAGGUUACUGUACCACUAAAUGCAGAUGUCUACCAGACAGACAGUGGUCUACCUUCUGGUGGCAAUUUUCGAUCCGAUAUCCAUGAUCUCAUGAUCUCUAUUAUCAAGUUUCUCAGUGACAAUCUAUCUCCUCUCACCAUCAACAUCUACCCAUUUCUUAGCCUCAAUGCAGACCCCAAUUUUCCCAAAGAGUAUGCCUUCUUCAAUGGCAGUGCUGCCCCAGUUGUUGAUGGCUCCAUAACUUAUACCAAUGUCUUUGAGGCAAAUUUUGAUACCCUCAUUUCAGCUCUUGAAAAGAAUGGUUUCUCAUCAAUGCCUGUCAUCAUUGGUGAAGUUGGCUGGCCAACCGACGGCGACCCCAGUGCCAAUGCAGAGAAUGCUCAGAGGUUCAACCAAGGCCUUCUCAAUCGAAUAUUUCAAGGGCAAGGCACUCCGAAACGCAAGACUCCACUUGAUAUCUACCUGUUUUCACUCAUUGAUGAAGAUAACAAGAGCAUCCAACCUGGAAAUUUUGAGAGGCACUGGGGUGUUUUCUACUUUGAUGGAGCCCUCAAGUACCAAUUGGAUACGGGAAAUGGAAAGUCUCUAGUUCCAGCAAAAGGUGUGAAGUAUUUGGCUAGGCAGUGGUGUAUAAUGUCACCUGAUGCGAGUCUCGCAGACCCCAAUCUGGCUAACAGCAUCAGCUACGCCUGCUCUUACGCCGAUUGCACGAGUCUUGGCUAUGGAUCUUCCUGCAGCAGGCUGGAUGCUAGAAGCAAUGCUUCUUAUGCUUAUAACAUGUAUUACCAGACUAUGGAUCAGAGAAAAGGUUCUUGUUCAUUUAACAAUUUAUCAGUUGUUACAAAUCAGGAUCCUUCUCAAGAUACUUGCAGAUUCGAGAUCAUGAUUGAUUUGCGUAAGCAAGAGACAGCACCACGUAGAUCAUUGGCUGGAAAAAUACAAAACUCAACAAUGGGUCUCAUUCUACUCCUGCUAUUGAUCAUUAAUGGUGCUUUCUGAGUUUCAGUCACGGAGCCUUGCAUGCAUCAAUGUUCAUAGCCAUCAGGAUUUUUCAGAGUUGUUUUAUUUUGAAAUUUUUAAUGGUCCUUGUAGCCCAGUUUCUCGACUAGCA